UGCCGGCCGGCGACGGAGGGCAGCAUGGCGCCGGGAGGACCGGCCCUCGCGCGACUCGGCGUGCUGACGCUCACUGUCGCCCUCCUGUGCCCCGCUCAUGGGGCGUACCGUAAGUGUGACGACCCCUGCCCAAAGGGGCAGCAAUGCUUCCGUCGACCCGUGCUCAACAGCAGCAAUUUCUGGACGAUGAAACCCGUCUGCGUCGACAUCAAGGACAGCAACAGCACCGUGCUGAUGAAGCCUGCCAAGCCGAACAAGACGAUGAAGUCAGCUUCUCUCACGAUGCCUCCGACGGGUGCCAAUGGCCUCCAGGGGCUCCUUCCCCUGCCUCCGGGGCACCCAAUCACCCAUUUUUCGCCGUUAUCUCAUCUACUGCAGCCGUUGCCCCAGCUGAGCCAACUGCAGGCGGGUCAGGCUCAGACAGCCCAGUCACAGCCUAGCCAGCCACAGUCCAGCCAGCCAAAGGCGACCCAGACGCAACCACUCUCAUCCUCAAGCCAGCCUAAGCCAGACCAGCCACAGCUCAGCCAACCACAGCUGGGCCUAUCGCAGCUGAGCCAGCCACAGUUGAGCCAAGGACUGCCGCAGCUGCCACAGGGAUUUCCUUUUCUGCCACAGGGAGUGCCGCAGCUGCCAAAAGGAGUACCACAGCUGCCACAAGGAGUGCCACAGCUGAGCUCAGGGGUGCCGUCGCUGCCAAAGGGAGUGCCGCAGCUGUCCAAGGGAGUGCCACAGCUGAGCUCGGCAGCGCCACAGCUGAGCUCGGGAGUGCCACAGCUGAGCUCGGGAGUGCCACAGCUGAGCUCGGGAGUGCCACAGCUGAGCUCGGGAGUGCCACAGCUGAGCUCUACAGCGCCGCAGCUGAGCUCGGGAGUGCCACAGCUGAGUUCAGGAGUACCACCGCUGAGUCCGCAGCUGCUGCAGCAAUUCCCAUUCUUCCCUUCGUUCCCGCCUCUUCCCCCGCUUCCCCAGCCGGAGGAAAAGGAGGAUAAGUCAGCUCCGGCGCCCGCCCCGCCGGCUCCUCAGCUGCCGGACCCGGCACAGUUUUCGUUCCCGCACCUGCUGCAGCUGUCCUCGCGGCUCAUUAAGCCGGCUCAGCAGGUGGUGGAAGCGGAGCCGCAGCUGAAGAAGAUGUCGCCAGACGUUGAGCUGGUGCCAGAGUCGCUGAUGUCAGCGGCGAAAAAAGCGAAGCCGGCUGAACCGGCGGAGAAGCCUGUGCCGGAGCUGACGCAGCCGGAGCUGACAGAGCCGGAGCUGGCCAAGCCUGAGCAGGAGACCAAAGAGGCGGCUUCUGAGUCGGAGCAGCCGGACGCCGGCUCUAGCCCGCCCCUCCUCCCGCCGCCCUUCCUCCCUCACCUCUUCCCCUUCCUGCCUCCGCUGGGGUCGCUGCCUCCUCUGCCUCAGCAGUUCCCUCCGCUGCUGCUGCCGCCGCUGCCUCCGUUGCCUCAGCCGGGGCAGGAGCUGCCGGAGCCGCCGGAGAAGCCGCCGCCCGCCCAGCCGGAGCCGCAGCCGCCGCCGCCGCCGCCGCCCGGCCCGCAGCUGCUGCAGCCCGACCAGCCGCUCAUCCCUUCGUUUGCUGAGCUGUUUGGUCUGCAGGCCGAGCCGCCCGCGCCGACCCCGGCCCCGGCGGCUGCCACCGAGCAGCCGACCACGACCACCACCCCGCGGCCACGACUGGUGCUCUCUGCCGGCGCCCAGGUGCACAUCCCGACUGCGCGUCCCCCGGCCACCACCCCGGCGCCCACCCCGGCUCCGCCGCCCACCGAGGCGCCCGUGCACGUGGAGCCGCCGCCCAGCUGCGCCGGCAUGGAGUGCGGCCCGGGCACGGCGUGUCUUCUGGAGGACGCCGAGCACUGCCCGGACCCGCCGUGUCACCCGGAACCCAUCUGCGAGGAGGACCUCUGCAGUCGCGUCAACUGCGGCGAGGGAAAAACCUGCGUGCACCGCGUCAAGGACGGCUCGAUCCCCGGCUGUGACAACUUUCCGUUCUGCCGAUACAAGACGCACUGUCCGCCGACGGCGCAGCCCAAGUUCGGCUACUGUCCGUCGCCGGACGCGGUCACAGAGGCGACUCAGGGCGGGUUCACGUGUCAGUUCGACAACCAGUGCGAGUCUGACCUGCUGUGCUGUCCCAGCUCCAACAAGGGAGUCAGUAACUGCGUGCAGCCGGCACACUCGGGCCGCUGCAGUGACGCGGCCAACGCGUGUCCGGGCGCCACGUGCGCGGUGAUCAACGGCACGCAGACGUGUCUGGACAGUCCCGAGUGCUACCCGGGCGCGUACGUGUGUCAGUUCGGGCUGCAGACCUUCUGCACAGACGCCGCCCAGUGGAAGAUCACCGGCCUCAAGUGUCCGCCGGUGCACGUGGAUCCACCGUCCCAUAUGUACGCCACAUCUCACAACAACUACGGCUACUCGCACGGCACCGGCACCGGCAACACCAACAGCAACAGCAACUACUACAACAAUAACUAUUACAACACCAACUCCAACGGCAACUACAACAGUAACUAUUACAACAAUUACAAUAGGAACUACUAUAACAACAACAACUACAACCGCAACUACAACGGCUACAACUACAACAACUACAAUAACAACUACAAUAGCAAAUACAACAACUACAACAACUACAACUACAACAAUUAUAGAUCAUAUGGGAACUACGGCAAGGGUUAUGGCAAUUAUGGCGGCUAUAGUAGCUACAACUCGAAACAUUAUGGUAAAUAAACUGACAUUUUGUAAUGUGUUUUUAGUCAAAAUACUUUAGCUGCGAGCUUUAUAUAGGUCAAAUGUAGUUGGCAUUUAAGCUCGCACAUUCUAUUCAAACAUACAGUAUAACAAACGGUUUUAAGAGAGGGACGGGUUUAACAGCAAGGGUAAGUUGGAGCCAUAGUGUUUCGUGAAUACUGUCGCAUUGGUGCUUACCCCACACGCAUUAGGUGUGAUUAUCAUGCAGAGCUGUGAAGCACGAUGCGCCAGCAGUGGUCCAUGGUGUGUAGGAGCGACGAAAAGCGUAUUGCAAUAAGUCAUUGCCAAGAGACUAAAUAUACGCUUAACAACGUGAAAUGAAGUUUAAACUUGUCUCGCUUUGGUGAUAUGUUGCGAUCAAAAAGGAACAUCGCAUACAGUUGAGUUUUGCUUGCAGUCUUGUGCCAGCACGAAUUAUUUAUUUAUUAUUUAUUCAUUACAA